GGGCUCCAGCGCCUCGCAGCACACCAAGCUCACGGUGCAGCCCAUCCGGCCGGGGCGCCAGCCAGCCCCUCGCCCUGGCGUCCGCUCGGCCCAGGGAGCCUGCGACGUCGGGAGGGGGACGGCGACACCCCCAGCCCGUCCCCUCCCGGAGCCUCCUUGGCCCGCAGCUCCAGGAAGCGGGGGAGCACGGAGUCCGGCAAGGGGCGGUGACACGGGCGCGGACGCCCGGACGCAGCCAGCCCUGGGAACCAACAGUGGAAAGACCCCAGCCUCAAGGAGACAAAGCACAGCCAGGGUGGGAGGGCCACAGUCCGCCUGGGCAACCCACCGGGCCACUUCCUGGACAGAGCAUCUCACCAGUACUUUCACUUUCAACCUUUCAGCGGAAGAAAGACAAGAGCAAGUGACCGUGAUGAGAAGGGGAGAGAACUCGCAGAGCAACAAUUGCCACUACCUCAUCGGGUGCUGGGCUGGGCAUGAGUCACUUCGCAGGCAGCGAACUCUGGAAAAGGUUGUGCAGAGCCCUCAGUCACAAAUGACAGGCUCAGGCUGCAGUGCUCUGCUUUCCAUGCCCCAACCAGCCAGGCCUUCCCAGAUGGGGAAAUCCAGACCCAAGAAAAGCGAAGGAUGUGCCCCAGGUCACACAAUGAGCCAGCAGCAGGGCCAGGAUGGAGAACCAGGAGAGAGCUGGGCAGCUGAAGCCAGAGGCUCCUUCUUGGCCUCUAGACCCGCAAGGAAUCACGUCAUUUCCAAAUACUCAUGGCAGAAGAAGGGGCUGUCUUCAAGAUGACCAGUGACCUGAAGGCUGUCAUCUCUGCCAUCCUCCAGGGCUAUGGGCGUGGGCGGCAGCCGGUGACAGACGCCAGUGCUGAACUGCACAGACUCUGUGGCUGCCUGGAGCAACUGCUGCAGUUUGACCAGAAAGAGCAGAAGAGCUUCCUGAGGCCUCGGAAGGAUUACUGGGACUUCCUCUGCACGGCCCUGUGGCGGCAGCGGGGGGACACGGAGCCAGUCCACUUUGUCCACUCACAGGACAAGUUGAAGACCCCGCUGGGAAAAGGCCGAGCCUUCAUCCGCUUCUGUCUUGCCCACGGACAGCUGGCCGAGUCCCUGCAGCUCUGCCUCCUGAACCCAGAGCUAACCAGGGAGUGGUAUGGCCCCCGGAGCCCUCUGGUGUGCCCUGAACUCCAGGAAGACAUCCUGGAUUCCCUCUAUGCUCUCAACGAGGUGACCUUCGACUUGGACCUGCAACGGCCAGACUUGGAUGGAGCCUGGCCCAUGUUCUCAGAAUCCCGCUGCUCCAAUUCCAACUGGACCCAGGGAAGAAGACCCAGAAAGAUCAAAGAUUCCCCUAAGGAGAUCUCACCCACAUAUGGAGACCCCACAGGAGGCCACCCAGAGGAACCACAUACCAGGCAAGCCAGUUCUCUGCGAGAUGCACCCAGGGAAGACAGGUUGGCUGGACUCCCCAGGGCCCAGCAACACAAACAUCAGCCCCUCUUUUUGGAAAAGAAGAAAGAAGAUCCCAGGAGGCUUGGGCCUCCCCAGAGCAUGUGGGAACUAGAGGGGGAGGAACUUCAGCAAAACCAGGAGAAAGGAGCUCCAAGGACGGGGAUCUGCCUGGAGAACUCAACACCUAGCAUCCAGGGACAGGGGAAAGGGGCCAAAGGGACUCUGAAGGAGGUGAUAGGAACAGAGGCUGAGGGCAGGGGGGUUUUGCUGAGUGCAGAGGGCCAGAGAACAAUAGAUGGGACUUAUGAAGGGGAAGCAGAGAGGAGUCAUAUCCAUAGGCUGCUGGCCUCCAGCCCCAAAGAGAUGUUAGGGGAUGCAGUGUCAGGGAGCCGUCAGGGCGGGAAAGUGCCCAGCAUCCCGAGGGAGUUCUGGGUCCUUCAGGGCCUGGAAACAAAGGAAGGCUCCACCACAGAGAAGCCCCAAGAGCAAAUAGGAGAGACCACUGCAACCAAGAGGGAGGAACAAGCAGAGAUGGCCUUGCAGGAUGUGGUCAAGAGUCUCAGACAUGGGCUCCAGAAAACCAAGGAGCAGGCCCAGCACCAGGAACAGCUGCUGAAGGAGCAGGAAGGGGAGCUGAAGGCACUGCAGGAACAGCUCAGCAGGUGUCAGGAGGAGAGGGCCCGGCUGCAGGCGGAGCUGGAGCAGAAGCAACGGGAGGCCGAAAGGAAGGGUGCCGUGUAUGAGGAGGAGCUUGGCGGGCAGCGGGACCUGGUCCGAGCCAUGAAGAGGCGGGUGCUGGAGCUGAUUCAAGAGAAGGAUAACCUGUGGCAGAAGGUCCAGCAUCUCUCUUCCUUGGGCCCUGGAUGCUGUGUUGUCUGUAACAAGAUCUUUGGUCGGCUGUCUCGGCGGUACCUGUGCAGGCUCUGCGGAGGCCUGGUUUGCCAUGCCUGCUCUGUGGAUUUUAAGAAGAAGGAGUGCCACUGCCCACCCUGCUCCCAGAGGAGAGAAGCCCAGGUCCUCUGACUGAGACCCACCCACCCCACCUGAUCGGCUCUCCCCUCGGCCCUUCCCAGCCCUCUGGUCUGACCAGUCCUGCCUUCUAGAAGUUGGCUAUCUAAGGUGGACAGCACUUGAGUGGACAGACCGUGGUGUGGAGGAUGGAAGGAGCCGGGCUGGCAGUCAGGAAAGAGGUCCUAACCCUGCAUCUCCCACUGAUGAGCUGGGUGACUUUGGCAAAGCUGUCAGGCUUUUUCCGUAACAUGAGGGAGUGGGCACCAUCCUCUCUAAAGUCCCUGCAGGCUCAAAGUCCUUGUCCAAGAAUAAGGCCCAGUGGCCCUGACGUUUCUCCUCUGCACUCCUUUCUCAGCCAGCCCAUCCUUCAUGAUACAUGGGAGCUUCCUGUCUGCAGUCUGCUUCGGAGGUCUGCUUUCAUUCUUAACAGCUUUCUUUAGGUACUAUUAAUGUAUAAUACACUUCACAUAAACCUGAUGAGUACAGUCUGAUGAGUUUUGACUUUAAUAUACACCCUGAAGCCAUCACCAUAUUCAAAAUAAUAGACACAACCGUCAGCCCAGUUUCCUUGUGCCCUUUGUCAUCUCUCCCUCCCCCCACCUCUCCCCAUCCCCGGGCAACCACUUACUUGCUUUCUGUCAUUAGAGACUAGUUUGCAUUUUCUAGAAUUUUGUAUAAAUGGAAUCAUACU